AUGUUUCUACUACAAACAACUCUCUUAUGCUGUGCAUUGAUUGCUACUUCAGUUGCUAAAGAAAUUUCCGGUGUGUUCAUAGGAUUUGAAUCCUUAACUUGGGAUAAAGCUGGUAAUUAUGCUUAUCAAGGUCCUCAAUAUCCAACAUGGAAUGCCGUGCUUGAUUGGUCGUUAGAUGGCACAACAACUUCCCCAGGUGAUACGUUCACUUUGAUCAUGCCCUGUGUCUUCAAGUUCACUACGUCUGCCACUUCUGUUGAUUUGACUGCCAAUGGUAUUACAUAUGCCACAUGUGAUCUUCAUGCCGGUGAAGAGUUUACUACUUACUCUAGUUUGACUUGUACUGUUACUGAUUCGUUAAGUUCUGUUCAUGAAGCUAUGGGUACAGUCACAAUUCCUUUGGCAUUUAACGUUGGUGGUUCUGGUUCUUCUGUUGAUAUUGCUGAUUCUACUUGUUUCACUGCUGGCACAAACACUGUUACUUUCCAAGAUGGUGAUACAUCAAUCAGUACCCAAGCCUAUUUUGCUGCAGCUACUGGAUCUUCUUCUGGUCUCCUUUACUUUCAAAGAAGUGUUCCUUCAUUGAACAAGCUUAAUGCACUUGCAAUUCUCCCAGAUUGUCCAAAUGGUUACACUUCUGGUACUCUUGGUUUCUCAUCUUCUAAUUCCAGAUUUCUGAUUGAUUGUUCCAGUGCUGAAGCUUACAUUACAAAUCUUUUAAAUUCCUGGAACUACCCAACUUCAGCGGAUUCCUUUUCUUAUACCCAAACUUGUACUUCCAAAAGUUUUCAAAUAACAUUCAAUAAUAUUCCAGCCGGCUAUCGUCCAUAUAUUGCUGCAUUGGUUCAAGCUCCAUCUUCGGAUUAUAAAAUUGAUUAUACUGCAAAAUAUCAAUGUGCUGGAUCUUCCCAAAAAGAUGCUUCGAAAUCGGUCACUUGGUCAGGCUAUACAAAUAGUGACACAGAUUCAAAUGGUGCUGUAGUUGUUCUUACAACUAUUACAGGUACUCAGUCCAAUACUAUUGUUACCACAUUGCCUUUCAACCCGACUGUUGAUCACACAAAAACGAUCGAAGUGAUUGUUCCAAUUCCAACAGUAACAACUACCACUUCCUACAUUGGAGUUACUACUUCUUAUACCACAAUUACUGGUACUAUUGGUGGAACGGCUACUGUUAUUGUCGAUGAACCGUAUCAUACUACUACUACUGUUACUAGUCCCUGGACUGGAACCUUCACCACUUCAACUACUGUCAUUGCUUCUACUGACUCGGUUGAUACCAUCAUCAUUCAAGAACCAACUCCAAAUCCAACUGUCACUACCACUGAGUAUGGAUCUGUUUCUGAACCAACCACCAUCACCUACACCAACCCACCAGGUGGCACUGAUUCUGUUGUUGUCAUUGAACCACCAAACCCAACUGUCACCACCACCGAGUAUGGUUCCGUUGAAACUACCAUCACAUAUACCAACCCACCAGGUGGUACUGAUUCUGUUGUUGUCAUUGAACCACCAAACCCAACUGUCACCACCACCGGAGUAUGGAUCUGUUUCUGA